AUGAACGAAGCCCAAAACAAACCACAAAUAAGCGAAGCUCAAAACAAACAACAAAUGAAAUAUGCCCCUAACAAACAAGAAAUGAACGAAGCCACUGACAAACAACAAAUGAACGAAGCCCCUAACCAACAAGAAAUGAACGAAGCCCCUAACCAACAAAAAAUGAACGAAGCCCCUAACCAACAAGGAAUGAACGAAGCCCCUAACAAACAAGAAAUGAUCGAAGUCCCUAACCAACAACAAAUGAACGAAGUCCCUAACAAACAAGAAAUGAACGAAGCCCCUUACAAACAACAAAUGAACGAAGCCUCCACUAAACAAGAAAUGAACGAAGUCCCUAACCAACAACAAAUGAACGAAGUCCAUAACAAACAAGAAAUGAACGAAGCCCCUAACAAACAAGAAAUGAACGAAGCCCCUAACAAACAAGAAAUGAACGAAGUCCCUAACCAACAACAAAUGAACGAAGCCCCUAACAAACAGGAAAUGAACGAAGUCCCUAACCAAUAA